AUUGCGAAAACAGAUUCUAAGAUUCUAAGAUUCAAAUGGUUGAGAAUCAAGGUUUAUUCGCGAUUAUCGUGGCGAGAGGGAAAGGGAGUAAUGAGACAACGGCUGUGCUGAACACUAAAUAUAAGAAUGGAUGUAGGGAGACGAAGGAAAAACGCAUAUUAUUCUACAUCCAGUACGUAAUGUCAAAUCAAGACAGUGAGAAAUAAGACAACUCCCCGCAC